UGUGUAUUUCUCUUGGUGGUACUAGUUAUUUAGACCUUGGACAUGUUUCUAGGCUUGUAGAAAUGGUUUUUUAGUCUUACGUUUUUGCUUCUCUGCAGCCUUCUUCAAGUGUAUUCUGCUGCAUUUUGCCUUCUCUGAUGCAAAAGAUUAUUUUUCUCUUUUAGUUAUUUACUUGUGUUUUCUUCUAAUAAACUUGAUAUUGAGUUAGUUUAUAGCAAAUGGUGUAUGACGACAUCAUCACUUGUUACACUUUCAGAAAUUCUUCCCUUUCUCUUUUGGGUUAUGCACUUAAUUUGACCUUGGCUACUCUGUGCGUUAUGCUUUUGUGAAGAUAUUAUCUAUCAUGGUUUUUUGAGACUCCAUUUUACUUCUGCAUCUUGAUUACCUGAUAUAUGUUGAGUCUGACCACUAGUAUUUCUUAUAACUAGAGCGUAGUGAACUAUAGAAAGAUAUUGAACAGUUGUGCAUGCAACAAGGUGGACCUAGAAUUCUUGGUGUGGCUACUCGGAUGCAUUUCCAGAGGACAGCUAGCUUGGAGCAGGAGUUAGAGAGCUUAAAACUGAAGUUGGCUGCUUGCACAAGAGAGAAAAACAAUCUUCUAGAGGAGCUUGCAGAAGCUUAUCGUGUAAAAGCUCAGUUAGCAGAUUUACAUGCUGGAGAAGUAGCAAAGAACUUGGACGCAGAAAAGCAAGUUAGGUAUUUCCAGGGUUCUGUGGCUGCUGCUUUUUCUGAAAGAGAUAAAUCAGUAAUGGAGGCCGAGAAAGCUACAGAGAACGCUGAAAUUAUGUCACAGAGACUUGGUGAAACUGAGAAGCGGUUGGAAGAACUCAGCUCAGAUUGUCUUGCACAGAAGAGACUAAAUGACACAUUGCAAGCUGACUUGGCAAAACUUGAAGAACAGACUAGAACAUAUGCAGAAGUGAUUGAGAAGUUCUUUGAUAUUCGUAAAGCUUCGCUCUGUGAGUCCCUUGAAAUGAGUUUGCCUGAUAAAUGUGCAAGUUUAUUGGAUGAUCCUAUAGAAUCAUGGACUUUCAAUGAUCCUUCAACAUCAGAAUAUGUAGCUGCAGUGGAAGGAGAGUUGAGAUCGGUUAAAAACACUGUGGAUAAUCUUCAGAGUAAAUUACGAGUGGGCUUAGAGAUUGAGAAUCAUUUGAAGAAGAGGGUUCGUGCGUUGAAAAAGAAGAAUAUUGUUGCAGACGGGAUGAUCGUUAAUGGCAUUACAGACAUGCGACAUCAUCAUUCUCAACUGAGGGCCUACAUCAUUGAUUUACUUAAUGAGGAAGGACUAUACAUUAAAUCGCUUUCCAAAAAUCUAGAAGAAAAACUUAAGCUUUACUCAUCGGAGAUACAGGAUGUAGUGCCACUACAACAUGAUAUGAAGCCUGAUGAAUCUGAAUGCCGGGAUGUGCAUAUAACCACAGUUGUUGAAUCUUCCCAAGUAACUAAGCUUGCGGAAUCUAGUAUUGCCAAAAUCAUGGGUGAAAGUGGAGGGGAUGCAUCUGAAGCCUUUGCACAAGCAUUACAAGAGAAGGUUGGCGCUCUGUUACUUCUAUCACAGCAGGAAGAGAGACAUUUACAUGAAGAAAAUGUCAAUGCAGCUCUCCAGCAGAAAGUAGAUGAGCUUCAAAGAAAUGUCUUGCAGGUUACCAACGAAAAGGUGAGAACCCUUAUGGAGUUAGCACAACUACGUCAGGAAUAUCAGUCGCUAAGAGACAAAAUGAGUGGUACAAGAGAGGAAGAAACGACAGGAAACAGUGGCAAGAUAUCUAUCACCAAUGAGAAAGAGGGAAGACUAAAGAAUAUGUGGAAGAAGUCUUACUUAAAUCGUUGGAUCGACCCAAGUGCAAGAGGCGGAGGUCACUUGAACACUGAAGCAGAUUAUGCCAGUAACAUUGAUUAUGCAAGAAUGAAAGUCGAAUACGCAGCUAUAAAAGAGAGCCUGGAAAGCCUGGGACACUUGACGACGUCAAUCCGCAGGCUUCGACUUGCGCUCUUGCAGGUUAAGGAGUCGAAUGAUACUGAAACAACUGAGAGAAGAUGUGAAGUAGCGAUUGCCAACAUCCUCGUGGAGGCAACCCAUUUGAAGACUGCCCUUGGUAUCUCCAUACCCAUAAGCUGGUCAGCUGAAUCAGACGUUGAAUCUGUUGCUGACGGUGAAUCGAGCUGUGAGAGGACGGAUUCUGUUUCUGCUUCAGGAUAUGAGAUGGUGGAGCUUGUUAUUCUAGCUGCCGAGAUAAUGAAAGAACAAAACCAUUGAAAUUCAUUCUUCGGUUCGCUGCCAGUAUCUUUUGUUGGUCUGUGCAUAUGAUUUAUUGAGAAUCCUUCUCAUGGACAUUAAUUCUUCAUUAGUCGUUAGGUUGGUUCAGUAUUGUGGUUUGUUAAUUUAUAACUGGGUUGCUUUUUAACUUAGCAUGCCUCUAUAUCU